GUCAGUUUUCUCAUUGGCUAAAGAUCGCGUCAUUGCUCCAAAGCGCGCACUAUCCAAAUUUACCAGGCCGUCUCGCCUCAUAGACAGACUGGUCACCGUCAGUCUGAUUGUUGGACAUGACCAACUCGUUUACCAUACGAGUUCCAGCAACCUCGGCCAAUAUUGGUCCUGGCUUCGAUGUCGUUGGCUUGUCACUUUCACUCUAUCUUACUCUCACUGUCACCACCGGAGAGACCCCUACCUUACCAGUGAUCACAUAUUCGGGUGAAGGAGCUGAUGAAGUCCCGCUGGACCCGUACUGCAACCUCAUGACUCGCGUAGCACUCUACGUGCUACGUUGCAAUGGCCAUAGGACAUUCCCUCCCGCCCUUAGUAUUCACUGUCACAACCAAAUACCUUUUGGACGCGGACUCGGCUCGUCCGGCGCAGCGGUCAUUGCAGGCGUUCUUCUCGGAGACAGUCUCGGGAAACUCAACCUCUCCCGAGAGCGAAUGUUAGACUUCGCGCUCAUGGUCGAGCGCCACCCCGACAACGUGACAGCCGCGCUUGUUGGAGGAUUUGUUGGAUCAUACCUUAGAGAGCUAGACCCACAAGCUACUGAGGCAGCACAAGUACCCCUCUCUGAAGUCCUCCCGGAAUACCCCCCUGAUGCUGGAGAAAACUGGGGUCUUUCCCCACCUGUUCCGCCGUUGGGUAUCGGUCACUACGUCCGAUUUAAAUGGAACAGUAGCAUCAAAGCUGUUGCCAUCAUACCCCGAUUUGAACUCAGUACUGCAAAAGCGCGAGCUGUUCUGCCAGAGAGUUACUCAAGGAAGGAUCUGGUUUUUAAUAUGCAACGAUUAGCCGUCCUCACCACAGCUCUCGGUCAGACGCCACCAGACCCAGAAUUGAUUUUCGAGGCUAUGAAAGAUCGUGUGCACCAGCCGUAUCGAAAAACUCUUAUCCCUGGCCUGCCAGCGGUCACUUCUUUGAUCACUCCUGCUUCACAUCCUGGCCUGCUUGGCAUUUGCCUCUCUGGUGCAGGGCCAACCAUCCUUGCGCUUGCAACUCAUAAUUUUGAUAGCAUCGCUGGGAAAAUACAGGAAAUAUUUCAGCAGGAGCAGAUCGAAGUAGAUUGGAAGAUACUGGAAGUGACGGGGGGGAGUACUGUAGACUCUUAAAAUGUGUCUCAGCUCACCUUCAAUGAAUGUUGUUUCCUCCAAUGAUUUUUGGCGGUAUCGAAUGGGCGUAGAGGAGUGAAAAACAAUCUUGUGUGUGUGAAUGGUCUUGCUGUGAAGGCGCUUGCUUUCAUCACAAGGGAUUUAAUCGA